GUCUACCCAAUCUAUCAACCUAUCAACUAGAUAUGUCCAAUCUCACCACCGAUUUAUCCCGCAAGGAACCAUCAACAAAUACUCUCUUGGAACAGGCCCGGGAGACGCCCCACAAUGUCAGAGAAGAGCUUUCAGAUGCAGAUGCACAAAAUACGACAGGAGUUGCAGCCGAUAGAAGUAGGGCGCCGGUUGACCAGGAUCUAGAGAAGGGUAGCGUACACAGGGCACAAGUGGACAGGAGCAGUUCGUUGAAAUCAAUCGAAAGAAGAGCGAAUUACUCUGGAAUACACUAGAAACCGCAGCAUACAGAAGAUAGUGGCGGGAGCUAGACGUUACAGUGGUUCUGAAGGAAUUCGUUCAUAUAGGUACAUAUAUACAUGUUUUGGCAGGAUAUUUAUGGUAUUUCUGCCAUGUUUGAUGGUCU